GAAGUGAAAGGAAGCUUUUCUCAGUCUUCACCUGCUGAGACUCAGAGCAGAUCCAGACCGGACCGAAUCCACACCGAGACGCUUCGCUCGCCGUCCCUCCGUCAGAGGACCACCUGAGUGUGAUGGAGAUGCGCUGCUCCCUGCUGGUCGUGGUGAGCACUGCACUGCUGCUCCUGAGGCUAUCCGUCGUCAUGGUGACGGCCGGAGGAGCCAGGGAGGCGGACCAACAUGGCCGCCGGGGCUCGGCGCUGCAGGACGAGAAGACCUUCUGCUCCUGGAGGUGUUUGAUGUUCACCCUGCAGUGGCCCGGAGGCUUCUGCCUGUCUCUGAACAACCAGUCGCUGUGCAGAAUCCCACCGAGUGUCAACGGCUGGACCAUCCACGGACUGUGGCCUCAGACGCAGAGCUGCUGCAGGUGUUGGCCCAUGUUCCCCUCAGACGUCCAGGAGUUGGAGGAGGAGCUGAGUGAAGAAUGGCCGUCGCUCCUGAAGAGCAGGACCAGCUUCACCUUCUGGAGGGAGGAGUGGCAGAAGCACGGCUCGACGGCGGCGUGCGUCGAAGGACUGAACUCUCCUCUCAGAUACUUCCAGAUCUGCCUGAAGCUGCGAGCUCAGCUGGACAUCCAGAGAUUCCUGGAGGACGCCGGCAUCACCCCAUCCUGCGAUCAACCCUACCAGGUUGAGGACGUGCGCCGAGUCCUGGCGCCUCAUCUGGGAGACCAUCCGGAGAUCCAGUGCAUCACAGACGAGCAGGGCCGACAGGUGUGGUUCCAGGUGAAGAUCCCGCUGUCCCGCAACCUCACCGUGGGCUGCGACUCCCACGCUGAGGCAGGAGGAGGCUUCUGGGAGAAGUCUGCUCUGGAUUCGUCCACGUCUCCCGGACAUCCGUGUCCCUCAAAGGAACCCUUCUACUACGUCCCCAUCGAGCACCAGCAGCCAUUCCGGCCCUGCGGCUAAAAGCAACCGUCACCAAGAGACGCCGGACGCUUCGGCCCGAUCCAAGACUUACAUUUCAAACGUCUACACUCCUGUUUAAGGAGUAUUUACCUGUGAUCUGAUUCUUCAAUAAAAUACAUUUUAAGUUCAUCAGAGAUAAAGCACAAGGGUCCCAAGACAGAUCCCUGAGGGACACGUCUCCAAGUCACUGUUCCUGAAUAUUCAGAAUUUUACACCACUUAUUUGACAAAUCUUUGUUUUAUUCCCAAUUUAUAGAUGUUUAUGCUCUUCAGUGGGAGUCUGCUGUGGUUCUUUCUUUAUUGUCAUUAAACCGAAGCUCUGCCUAGAC